GCGGAAGCCCUGGUUUGGCCUUGGUUCCGCCUUGGGGGACUGGCCUGUGGGAACCAGUGGAGAAAUUCUGGGGCUGGGGGGGGGUUUAAGUUUUCAUCUCUUAUCUAUCAGCAGAAUCGGCGGAGCAGACGCCUGCGAGCGCUGGAGGGAGGGAACUACACCGCCCAAGAAAAGAGCGAGCGGGCUGGCAGCCGCGGGGCAGAACCGAACUGAGUGCAGGGUCUCUACAGGCCGGUCCGACUCGGCGCCGCUCCCCUCGAGGCCAUGCUGCAGGCGGAGCUCCGGGCGAUUCCUAGGUGAGGGCAGCGGCUCUGCCGGGGAUUCCACCGCGGAAGAACUGGGUAGAUGCAAGGUGGGGAAGAAAGAAUGCUGCCCGCACUGCUCCCCGGUAGCACCCUGAGCCGUCGCGUUUGUGGCAGCAGCAGCAGUAGCAGCAGCAGUAGCAGCAACAGAAAGCACAGCGUGGGCCGAGGAGGCGGUUCCAGCUGCUGGUGAAGUCGCCCCACGGCUGUUUUUCCGUAGCAUGCGAGUCGACAGAACAGCCAAAGAACAGGGCUCCCCAUUGCCAUCUCCUUCGAGCACUUUUCCCUUGCUACUCGGAGCUGAUUUAUGCGGAAACAUGCCUUGCACUUGUACCUGGAGGAACUGGAGACAGUGGAUUCGACCUUUAGCGGUGGUCAUUUAUCUGGUGUCCAUAGUGGUUGCGGUUCCCCUAUGCGUGUGGGAAUUACAGAAACUGGAGGUUGGAAUACACACCAAGGCUUGGUUUAUUGCUGGAAUCUUUUUGCUGUUGACUAUACCUAUCUCGCUUUGGGUGAUAUUGCAGCAUUUAGUGCAUUAUACACAACCUGAACUACAGAAACCAAUAAUAAGGAUUCUUUGGAUGGUACCCAUAUACAGUUUAGAUAGUUGGAUAGCAUUGAAAUAUCCCAGCAUUGCAAUAUAUGUGGAUACCUGCAGAGAAUGUUAUGAAGCUUAUGUCAUUUACAACUUUAUGGGAUUCCUUACCAAUUACCUAACUAACCGGUAUCCAAAUCUGGUAUUAAUCCUUGAAGCCAAAGAUCAGCAGAAACAUUUCCCUCCUUUGUGUUGCUGUCCACCAUGGACUAUGGGAGAAGUCUUGCUGUUCAGAUGCAAACUGGGUGUAUUACAAUAUACAGUUGUCAGACCAUUCACCACCAUCGUUGCUUUAAUCUGUGAGCUGCUUGGUAUAUAUGAUGAAGGGAACUUUAGCUUUUCAAAUGCUUGGACUUACUUGGUUAUAAUAAAUAAUAUGUCACAGUUGUUUGCCAUGUAUUGUCUCCUCCUGUUUUAUAAAGUACUGAAGGAAGAACUGAGUCCAAUCCAACCUGUUGGCAAAUUUCUUUGUGUAAAGCUGGUGGUUUUUGUUUCCUUUUGGCAAGCAGUAGUUAUUGCUUUGUUGGUAAAAGUUGGCGUUAUUUCUGAAAAGCAUACGUGGGAAUGGCAAACAGUAGAAGCUGUGGCCACAGGACUCCAGGACUUUAUUAUCUGUAUUGAGAUGUUCCUUGCUGCCAUUGCUCAUCACUACACUUUCUCGUAUAAACCGUAUGUCCAAGAAGCAGAAGAGGGCUCAUGCUUUGAUUCCUUUCUUGCCAUGUGGGAUGUUUCAGAUAUUAGGGAUGAUAUUUCUGAACAAGUAAGGCAUGUUGGAAGGACAGUCAUGGGACAUCCUAGGAAAAAGUUUUUUCCUGAGGAUCAAGAUCAAAAUGAACACACAAGCUUGUUAUCCUCGUCAUCACAAGAUGCAAUUUCCGUUGUCUCUUCUGUGCCACCUUCACCCAUGGGUCACUAUCAAGGGUUUGGACACACUGUGACUCCCCAGACUACACCUACCACAGCUAAUGUAUCUGACGACAUAUGUAGUGAUACUACAGGAGAGAAAAAAGAACCUUCAGAUAAGUCCGUGGCCUCCUGAACAGUGUGCAGAAGCUGUGCUACUACCAUGUUAUUUCAUUACCUGGUAUCCCAUUGCUCAGGAUUUUGUGCUUGGGACAAGCCGUUAAUGAUGGAAAAUUUCAACAAAAUGGCGAAAACCAGGUACAACUACUGGAUUCAUAAAACUAGGUUUUGUAUAUCACAAAUAAUCAGUCUAAAUAUCCUAGACUUAGACUUGACUUCUUAACACUACAGAGUAUCACAUACUCAAAUGGUAGAAAGUGACUACUAAACGUUCUUGACGUUACAGUGCUCUAUCAAGAGGAGGACGUUAAAAAAAAAAAAUCAGUGCUUUCUACCACUGCUGCAUGAAUAUAAUGCUCUGGAAUUAGCAGAAAGUGUAAUUCGGAAAUAUGAAUUAGUGGAACUUAAUUAUAACCAUGUGCCAUAUAUGCUUACCUAACAAUUAUUUCUCUAUUUCUCAACUGGAUGUCUUUCAAUAAAUAAGAAUUUAUCAUUUAUUUUCUGCAA